GUUUGAGGAAGUGACGGUGCAGUGCAUCAGACCAAAUGAUGCCGGCCUCGAAAAUUGUUUGUUCCGAAAAGUCGCGGUUUUCACCGAAGCCAGUUAGCAGCCGGCCAGCAGCCAAUCAGCGGGAGGGUUUAGGCAAUUCCAAGCCCAAGAGAAACUUGACCCGUUCGACCAACCUCGACUUCAAUUGAACCUCCAAAAGCACAUUCUCCCACUGCGCUCCAGCCUUGUCCCCUCCCCCCUCCCUCUCCUCCUCCCCCCACCCCUUCUGUGGCUAUUGUGCCGUCUUAAUUACCCAUCGUUCGGAGGGUUAUACAUAUCGUCAGUAUGCUGGGCCGUACUGUUUUGCGCAGCGUGCCCUUCCGGGGUGUCGCACGUCAGACCUUGAGCAAGACCUCCACGCGUGCGUCUUCCUCUGCCGCCGGUCCUGAGUCCGCCAGCUCCCCCUUCAACCUCACACUCACUGCCUCCGCCGCCACUGCCGUCGCUAUCGGAUCGGCCGCCUAUCUCUAUGGCCAAGAGGCUCACGCCAUGACGCCUGCUGAGGAGGGUCUGCACGCUACCGCAUACCCUUGGGAGCACGCCAAGUGGAACAAGACCUUCGAUCACGCCGCUCUCCGCCGUGGUUUCCAGGUCUACCGUGAAGUCUGUGCCAGCUGCCACUCCCUGACCCGUGUGCCCUGGCGCUCGUUCGUCGGUGUCCUCCACACCGUCGAUGAGAUGAAGGCCAUGGCCGAAGAGUACGAGUACGACACCGAGCCCAACGACCAGGGCGAGAUUGAGAAGCGCCCCGGAAAGCUGUCCGACUACAUUCCCGCCCCCUACCCCAACGAGGAGGCCGCCCGUGCUGCCAACGGUGGUGCUCUGCCCCCGGAUCUCAGCUUGAUCGUCAAGGGCCGUCACGGUGGCUGCAACUACAUCUUCAGUCUGUUGACCGGUUACCCCGACGAGCCCCCAGCUGGUGUUGUCCUCGGUGAGGGCAUGAACUUCAACCCCUACUUCCCCGGUACCGGUAUUGCCAUGGGUCGUGUUCUCUUCGACGGUGUCGUCGAGUACGAGGACGGCACCCCCGCCACCACCUCCCAGAUGGCCAAGGACGUCGUCGAGUUCCUCAACUGGGCCGCCGAGCCCGAGAUGGACGACCGCAAGAAGAUGGGUGUUAAGGCCAUCACCCUUCUGACCGGUCUCUUCGCCCUGAGCGUCUGGGUCAAGCGUUACAAGUGGUCCCCGAUCAAGACGAGAAAGAUCGUGUACAGCCCCCCCGUUUCCCGGCGCUAGAAGAGGAGAGGCCUCGCAGAAAGCGGAACCACCCUAGAAAUGUUUGCCAAACACCUUCAAACCAAGUGAAAUU